GUCUUCCGACAACCCGCGCCGGGAUACAAUGUUACCGUUCCGGUGACACUCAACUUCACAUCACUCACGCCCUGUUGGUUCAACCUGCGGCCGGGGACUACAGGAGGAUUUGGUGCCAAUAGCCCGACGUUCAAUAUCGUCGGCGAGGAAAGGAAAACAGGGAGUCAGGUAUUCGGCCCGGCGAUCUCGAGUUCCGUUGCAGCCACAACCACGACGGCGCAUACCCGACCACCAACUACCACGUCCACGUCCGUGGAUGGCAUUGCGGAUGCCGAGACAUCGCCGACGACAAAGGAGUCUCCUGCAGGCUCGUUUAUAGACUCGACGCCCUCUUUGUCUCCAACUGGUAGUCACGACGAUGGAGGGGGGGCUGGCCUCGGAUCUGCAGGCGCCGCGGGGAUUGGGGCCGGGGUUGCAGGCGGGAUUUUGUUAGCUGCAUGCGGGGUCUUUGCCUGGUUUUGGAAGAAGAAGAGGGCGAACGCGAAUGAUGGUGUGGGAAGCAACACCACUACGGGAGCUGGGACUGGCAGGGGAGAUAGCCAGGAAAAGUAUUGGUAUGACAGCAGUACCAGCACUGGUAGUGGCAGUGGCCACCUAUGGCGCUGGGAGAGGAAGAUACCCAGCGUUCUGGCCCGGUACGUCGACGACAAAGCUUGGCCGCAGGACAGCUACCGCCAGGGCGGUAAUAGCAGCAAGCCGGUUGUGUUGGCUGAGCUUAGCUCAGUUCACCACACACCGCCGGAGAUUGCAUCAUCCCAGAUCUUAGACCCGAGCCGGCUAGUCCGUGAGCCUUGUCUCGGCCCAUCCCGGCCCGUCGCGGCGAAGGCAAUCCAUCGCCGCUUGCGAUUUGGGCGGUGCGUGUUGUGGCCGGAUCUCUCCUCUGACCCAUGGCAUAUGCAUCCUGUGUCAAGCUGCAAUCCUCCUCUCCCUUUUCCACUCGCCCGUUUUAGGAAGGACGGGAGGUUCCUUGGCGCUUUGGUGGGGAGGGGUGUUGUUGUAUGGCCGACAUUUGCUGAAUGUCGUCUGAUGUACCGCCGGAGAAUGUGGUUGCGUUCGGUUCUGUGUGCGGUUUCCUUGGGGUCCUUGCGACUGCGACUCAGAACUCAUUCACUGCCCUUUGGAAAAGGCGGGGUGUUGAACUAUUUAGAGACACGAGCAUCAUCAGCAUUUCAGGUGAGUAUAAGGGGCCAGGAAGGCUUUAGAUAUUCCCAACUACCUACCUACCAUUUAUCCCCUUCCUCAUACGCGCUCAUCAAGCUGACACCACUGUCCCUUGGCCACCACCCCAACUUUUCGAUCGGAACUGUCAGACCUUUUGCCCACCACGAGAUGAAGAUUGUCGACAAAGCUAAAGAGUCCCUGAUCACGGACUACACCUGGAACCGAGCAGGGCGUUUUGCCAAGGCGGCAACUAGACCUAGCAACACCCGCUACGUGGUGGACUAUGUAUCCGAGAAGUUCCCAAUCAUCGGCUGGCUGCCGCGGUAUCGGCCGCGGUGGCUGAUCAACGACGUUGUCGCCGGCCUGACCAUCGGGCUCAUGCUGAUCCCCCAGGGCUUGUCCUAUGCCAAGAUCGCGACCGUCCCGGUGCAAUAUGGCCUUUUGUCCAGCUGGCUUCCGGCGGCCCUGUACGCUCUGAUGGGAACGACUAAGGACCUCUCCACCGGCCCUACAUCGCUCAUCAGUCUCUUGACGGCCGAGAUCAUCGAGUCCCUGAAGGGUGACCAAUGGUCCCCGACGGAGAUUGCGUCGGCGGUGGCCACGAUGAUGGGCAUCUACGGCCUAGUAAUCGGCCUGCUCAAGCUCGGUUUCCUGCUGGAGUUUAUCUCGCUGCCCAUCCUCAGCGGCUUCAUCUCGGCCGUGGCCAUCACCAUCAUGCUCAACCAAGUCGGCUCGCUGCUGGGCGAGACCGGCAUUGGAGAUGGCACGGCCACGCAGAUUCACGACAUCUUUGCGAAGCUGCCCGAUGCCAACGGGUAUGCGUGCGCCGUCGGCUUCACGGGCAUCGCGCUGCUGGUGGCGCUCGAACAGGCCGGCAAACGCUGGGGGGCCAAGAACAAGAUAGUAUGGUUUGUGUCCAUCACGCGAGCCUUUAUCGCGCUCGUCAUCUUCACGGGUGUGGGCUACGCUGUCAACAAGGGCAAGGCCGACUCGGACGACUUCCUCUUCGGCGUGACGCAGGUUAAGUUCGACGCCGACGACAUGCGGACCCCCAAGGUGCCUAGUCGUGAGCUGCUCUCGCGCGUGGCCGGGCAGAGUGUGGCCGUCUUCAUCGGGUCUGCAGUCGAGCACACGGCCAUCGCACGCGGGUUUAGCGUCAAGAACAACUACGUGACCGACCAGAGCCAGGAGUUGACCUACUACGGCGUCAUCAACAUUGUCAACAGCUUCUUCCACGCUAUCGGCGUCGGCGGGGCCAUGUCGCGGACGGCCGUCAACUCGUCGUGCAACGUCAAGUCCCCGCUCUCGGGAUUUGUCACCACAGCGGUUGUGUUGGUGUCCAUCUUCAAGCUCACGGGCGCACUGUAUUGGGUGCCCAAGGCGACGCUGGGGGCUAUCAUCAUCACGGCCUGCUGGCCGCUCAUCAGCCCGCCGCGCGUCUUUUACCACUACUGGCGCACGUCACUGGCCGACUUCAUCUCGUCCAUGAUUGCCUUUUGGGUUUCGCUCUUCGUGUCGACCGAGAUCGGCAUCGCCAGCGCCGUCGGCUUCAACAUCGUGUAUGUGCUCCUUCGCCAGGUCUUUGCCCGUGUCCGCACCAUCCCGGAUCCACGCUCCGAGCUGGCCAUCGCUCUCGAUAACGCGCGCGACGUGCCCUCGCCCGCCAACCUGCCGCGCGACACCCGCGUAUUCCAAUGCACCGAUUCGGUGUACUUCCCCAACGCCUACGCCGUCAAGACCGCCAUCGUCGAGACCGUCAAGACCCACCACGCACCGGUCUACAACAGCGCCGAGAGUCCCGAGGCCGAGCGCAACUGGUCCGUCACGCGUGAGCGUCGUUUGGCCAAGCUGCGUGCCCGCGAGGGCAUCUCGGACGCAGAGGCUGCGACCCUGCCGCCCAUCCGACUUGUCGUGAUCGACUUCCGCAGCGCGCCGCACCUUGACGCGACCACCUGCUCCCAUUUCGAGAAUCUUGUUGCGGAGAUCCGCGCCUAUGGCGGGCCCAACGUGCUCAUCCGUUUCUCGGGCAUGUCCGAAUAUGCCCGCGAGCGCUUUGUGCGGGCUGGUUGGAAAAUGGCUCGCGGAGAGGAUGAGGGAGACAUGGAGGCAGCGACAGAGGGCGCGACAACAGCGGUACCGGAAGGCCAAGUGUUCAAGACGUACCGUACGGUUGCCAGCGCCGUGGCUGCCCCGAGGCCACAGGAGUCAGGGGACCGGGGGGAGAGCGACGAGGAGAAGAUACAGGACGUUUUAACUGCGAGGCAUAUCGAGUAG